ACCGGAGGGGGAGAGGGAUGUGUCAGACGCACGCUUCAGAAAGCAAAGCAGAGCAGAGGGCAGAGCUGGAUGGGGACUAUGAGAAUGGAUUGUGAUGCAAUGAUGAGUGUUACGUCAAGGACGUUGGACAGAGGAGAGGGGGUAUAUAGAGGAGGCUAUAUCUCUUGCAUUCCAGGAGCCAUGCUCCAGCAAGCACCCAGCAUUGCCCCUCUGCCUCGCCCUUGCCCUCGCCCACGCCCUCGCCCUCUCCCUGAGCUAGCGACUUCCCUACAAGCCAGCAGACAACCAUGGCUACUUCACUUGCACCGCUUACGAUUGCCUCGAUUGUCUUCCUGAUCUUGUACUUUGCUGCAUUGAUCAUUCUCCUGGCUGGACUGGCCACGAGGCGCAUCUCCAUCAAGAGUCGCUGGUCACUCCUCCUCUUCCACGUCUGCAUCCGCCUCGCAGCACAAUGCGUGGGCAUCGCCUUUGGUGUCCUUUCCUUCAAUGCCCGUCCACUCCUCAUUGCCUAUCUAGUCACCUCCACCGAGGGAUACUUCACCCUGGUCCUCUCUCUGAUCCUCUUCUUUAUCCAUUGGCAGAGGAGAGCAGAGGGAGCUUCUUGGCUGGCCAGGGACGAUUUGCCCCUUGUGGGAAAAGGAUGGAAGGCGGGAUUGAAGAAGCACUUUGACCCUAGGGAGGUACGAAAGAGGCCCAUUGAUGCAGGACAACAUGUGAGUAUGGGUACGCCUGGAGAAUGUGCUUUAAAGGACUGAUGAUUCAGCGAGCUGACCUGAGUUGCUGCUACUCCACCACGUCCACCUCCUCCCCUCUAGGCACUCCUGAUCGCCAAUAUCCUCA